CACGGCAGUCGGCACUCUCCACUCAACUCCACACAGCCUUUGCUCUGCUCCCUUUCAACCCAACCCAACCCAGAACCCCACCGGCCACCGCAAUGUCCAGCGACGGCGAGCUCCGCGACCUCCUCGUCCAGGAAUCCACCACCGCGAUCGUCUCCGGCGUCGACCCGUCGCUCCCCACCGCCCGAUCGGCCCACUUCCUCCUCCCCCGCGCGGGGGGCGCUGGCCUCCCCGCUCUGCCAUCCCCGCCACGCAAUGCCGGCCCUGUUCUUGCCGACGAGCUCCCGGUGGAGUGGACGGGCUGGCCCAGCUGCUCCGACCUGUGGAGGCGGUGGGUGGCCAAGCUUCGCCCCCGGCACGAGCGCCUGUGGCGGAAACUUGGGAUCUUGGACGGCGUCCUCGCGACCAUAGGCCGGGUGCGGCGGGAUGAGGCCCUGCUGUUCCAGCUUGCGGGUUUUUGGUCCGGCGAGACCAACACGUUCGUCUUCCCGUGGGGUGAGGCGACGGUGACGCUGGAGGACAUGUCUGUGCUCGGUGGUCUGCCCCUGCUGGGCAAGCCGAUGUGGUCGCGGCUGUCGGACGAGCUCCGUGGGGAUGUGGACGCGCUCAAAGCCGCCCGGAUAGCGCUGAACCGGAGCAAGAGCAAGAAAGCCAAGUGUGCCCUGUGGGUUAAGCGAUUCAUCGAGGGGCCGACGACGGAGGCGGCCGAUGCCGGCGCCGCUAGCGACGGCGACGGCAGAGCAGAGGCCGAGGCGGCCGCGUUGCUCGAGCACGGGGCGUUUCUGGCCAUGUGGUUGAGCAGGUACGUGCUUCCGGCGCAGCCAUUCGACGUGGUCAGAGAGGACGUGCUGCCCCUCGCCGCCCGACUGGCACGCGGCAGGUGCUCGGCCCUCGCACCCGCCGUUCUUGCCCACAUCUACAAUGACCUCUCCGCCCUCAGCCACCACUUAAACUCUGGCAAAAGCCAUCAGCCGUUGGUGGCGGGUGCGCCACUGCACAUCCUCCAGCUAUGGGUCUGGGAGCGGUUCCCGGAGCUUCGCCCUGCGAUCAACUCCCACGGUGGUGAUCCCGGCAUGCCGAGGGCUGCCAAGUGGCACGAUAUCAGAAAGCCGCUUGAUCCUGGGUACAUCCACGCCGUGUUCAUGUCCCCGGAGGAGUUCAUAUGGAGGCCUCAUGGAGGCACUAGCUUUGCUCUGCCACAAGAGCCGCAAGGCACAUGUGGCCGCUGGGUGCACUGCCAUGAGGUAGCAACAAGCAAGGAAUUGCAAUCCUUUGCGCAAUGCCUGCGACCUUGCGAGCUUGUUGGCAUGCAAUGCUUCGAGCAGUACUGUCCGCACCGCGUCGCGAGGCAGCUCGGCUUUGAUCAGGACGUGCCCGGGACCGUCGCCCGUGCCAACUCAAGCCGAAAGAUGGCGUGGGCGACAUACAAGAUGCGCCCUGAAAACGCUUCGUUCUCUGUUCCGCAACGUGAUCCGGGCAUGACGGUGGAGUACGCACGAUGGUGGACGCUUUACUCGUCGGCGUGUGAUGUUGCCGUUGCUGAUGCUGCAAGGAUGAAACAACUUAAUGCUGCAGUUAGUCCAAGAAAGAGGAAAGCUGAUGAUGGUCUCAGUCUCAGUCCAAGAAAGAGGAAAGCUGAUGGUGGUCAAAGGCAGGAUACCGAGACGCAUGUUUUGGAAGAUGGCGAGACAAAGCAAAUUUCAGAAACCGUGAAGGAUUUGGUGCCAAGAUGGGCAGGAAAAGGUAGACGUAGGGUGAUUCCACGCAGAGUUGCUGAGAAAGCUUUGUCUGAUUCAGAGCCAGUUUUGGUGAGUUCAGUUGAUAAACCACUGUCACUGUGUGGGCCGGUCACCAACAAUGAUCAUUUUGAAGAGCAAGCAUCAGGCUCUGUUAUUCUGCAUGAUGAGAAGAUUCUCAGUUCAGAACAUGGUGAAGUCGAGGGUGCAGAGAGCGCUACAAGCAACAAAUGCAUUGCACCUGCAAUUGGAGUGGACGUGUAUUCAAAUCUUCCAGAUAUCCCGGCGAUCAGUGAUAAUGAGUCGGAUGACAUAUCCGGACAGGAAAGCGAGGCGAGUGCAAUUUAUAUGGAAUUGCCCAAGUUGACGAUUGAAACAUCCAACUCAGACCAGCCAGAUGAAGAAGAACAUGUAGUCACCAUAAGAAUAGAUGAGCAGGACUGCAGUGAGUCCAAGGAUAUCAUGGUGCAAAUAAAUUGUGAUUAUGAGCUUCCUACUGUCCCAAGUGAUGGCACCCUCAGACAAGUACCAGUUAAAGUAGCUCAUGUCAUUCAUGUUCAAACUAAUGUUAAUGUCUUAGAAGGAUGCAUUGAUGAAGUGCAGACACGCAAUGUAAUGCAAGAGAGUGAUCAGGGAGCGAAGGUGGACAGAGAAAACCCAACUGCUUUCAAAGGAAACAAUGAUGCAUCUUCUAAUGGUCUAGUAUAUGGAAAUACUGAACUGGUCAAGAGAGCAAUUUGUACUAAAACACUCUGCUAUCUUAGACCAUCCAUGCGGGUGAAAGAUGCUCAGCACAGAGAUUCAAGAGCCACCAAUGCAGGUCAAGUAAUUUUCCAACCAGGAUGGGAAGUCGGAACAAUGGAAAUGAUUAGAGAGGCGUCUGAAGCUCGAGAAGCAGAAAAUGUUGAGCUGGAAACAAUGAUUGACCGUGUUAAGAAACAAAUUGUGGCGCUGAAGGUGCAGAUUAGGGACAGGAGAACCCAUGAAAUUUGAGGUAUAACUUAACAUAAUAUAGUGGUAGCUUGUGUCUUUAGAAGACAUCUCCUGAUGAAGAGUGCCACAAUAUGGCGGGCUAGUCUUGCCGGUGAAAUGAUCUUCAUCAGUUAACUGCGAGCCAAGAAACUGCAGCUCUGACAUCCUACUAUUAUAAACUCUGAUUAUAUGUUCCUGAUUGCUUUUUCUUGA